AUGGGCAAUCUCGAGCUGCAGGAUCCCGACUGGGACGACCCGCCCCGCCUCCGAUGUUAUGCCGGCAGCCGCUGCCGCCGCCGCCGCUGCAUGGCCCUGACAGCCAUCAUCCUGCUGACCGUGGGCGUCUGCGGGCUGCUGACCUCGAUGGCGCCGACGCCCAUGCCAUCACUUCUACAGCUGCUGCGGGUACGACCAUGUCUCGGCAGCAACAAAGACCAAAAGGCGGACGCGGCCACCACCACCACCACCGAUGCGCCGUUGCAGCGCGUCAAGGGGGGUGCUGCUGCCGCCGAAAUGGAUGAGUUUUUGUGGCGACGGGACAUGCUGGCCAAGGUGCUCCAUGCUGAAGACGUGGAUGCCUUUGUCGCCGAGCUGGGCCCGAGCUUUGCACAUUACGCCAACAUAUCCCGGGCCGAUUGGGAAACCUUGGCCCCUUCGCAACGGCCUCUGCUGAUAGUGAUCCAGCCGGUGCCAGCCGGCGACGGCAGCGCCGUUUCUCGCACGACGCUCCUCGCACCGCGCGCCGAGGCGGAGCGCGUACGCGCGCUCGUGCGGCGCUCCACGCAGGCCGCCGAGGUGGUUACCUGGGCGCCGCACUGGAAUCCGUACGCCACGCUGCGCCGGUCGUGGCUGUUCGAGCCUGUCAACCUACGGGCUGGUGGGAACGGCGACAACCGGCCUGUUGUCGUCGUGGACCCGGCGACGCGCACGCUCGUCGUCGACAGUCUCGGCGACGCCGGGUUCCGGUACAAACGCCCCGCGGGCGCCGUGUCGUGGCUGCUGACACCCGAAAAGGAGCUGAACAAACCAAUGCGGGAUCUUGUAUGA